AGUCUUUAGGAGACUCGCGCCGGUCAGUGGCUCAGAGACGGUGUGCGCGCGCGUGUAUCAGCAUGAGGAGCGCGAGGACGCUGCGGCAGGUCCAGGUGGCCGUGACGGUGCAGCGGAGCCUUCAUCACCAGCAUCCUCCUGCGCGCUCCGCCGGGAUCGUCGGAGCUCCUUUCUCCAAGGGACAGUCCCGAGGAGGCGUGGAGGACGGACCGGAGCGGAUCCGAGCCGCGGGCCUGCAGAGGGGGCUGCAGGAGCUGGGCUGUGCAGUGAAGGAUUAUGGGAACCUGACGUUCGAGGACAUGUCCCGCGACGAGCCCCUGGGCUUGCUGAAGAGCGUGAGGGCGGUGGGUGCCGCCAACCAGAAGCUGUCACAGGCGGUGCGAGCGGUGAAGGAGGACGGGCACACGGCGGUGGUGCUGGGCGGAGACCACAGCCUGGCGAUCGGUUCCAUCCACGGGCACUCUGCGGCGGUUGGGGAGCUGAGCGUCGUGUGGGUGGAUGCUCACGCCGACAUCAACACGCCACUGACCACGUGCACGGGGAACAUCCACGGGCAGCCGGUGUCCUACCUGCUCCACGAGCUGCGCUCAAAGGUUCCCGUCUUACCGAACUUCUCCUGGCUGAAGCCGUGUGUGUCCGCCGCCGACGUGGUCUUCAUCGGGCUGAGAGACGUGGAUCCAGCAGAGCACUACAUCCUGAAGAUGCUGGGGGUGAAGACCUUCUCCAUGAGUGAGGUGGAUCAGCUCGGCGUGGCCCGCGUCAUGGAGGAAACGUGUGAUUACCUGUCCGCCAGAGGGAAGAAACCGAUUCACCUCAGCUAUGACAUCGAUGCCAUCGACCCCUCUGUUGCCCCAGCAACCGGGACGCCUGUAGUUGGAGGACUCACCUACAGAGAGGGCGUCUACAUUACAGAGCACCUGUGUCAGACAGGUCUGCUGUCGGCGGUGGACCUGGUGGAGGUGAACCCUCUGAGGGGCCAGACUGAGGAGGACGUCCGCUCCACCGUCAGCACCGCCAUCGAUCUGCUGCUCGGCUGCUUCGGACGCGUCCGCGAGGGAAAUCACCUGCCAGAUUACCGCCUCCCCAAGCCUUAACGCAGGCCUCUCUGACCGUGCCGCACGACACCAGCCCAAAGGGCCAAUCGGAGUUCUCCCUGCAAAACUACAAGCCCACAAUUCCUGCUGUUUUCUGCCUUGAACCAAAGAUGUUGUCUUCCUGUGGGUGGGGUAGUCCAUCGCUGAUCAGCUGAUCGAUCGUUUUGUUUUUGAUUAUUAAAUUUAUACGUUUGAA